AUGAACUCUAUUUCACUUUAUGUUCUUCCCUCCCGGAGGAAGCGUGAACACACAGUUGAAGUGGAAAUAGAUCAAUUGGAAACUGAACGUGCUAAACGCCGUUACGUUUCUGAGUUCUUGUCUUCUGAACUAACCGCCUUAAGUCUUCAUAACAACGAAGAAGAUUCUGUUACUAAUAUUAAACAAAUGAAUAUAAUGGAUUUAGAUGCUAGUCUGCUAAAAAAUAAGUCUCCAUCAAGUCGAAAACAUGUUGUUAUGGUUACUGAUCUUGAUGCUGAUGAAUAUGAAGAUUCUGAAGGAAAAAAUGAUGAUGCAAAGGAUGAGUGUUCCACCUCUAAUUCUGUUACAAUGCCUCAUGAAAUUCGAAGAUCAUUAAAGAAGAUAUCACAGGAAAUGAUACUCCCGAGGACGUGCGCAUUUUUAACGGAUAAUCUCGGAAAAUCCAGUCCGGGCAUUAAUCUUAUAUCAACGUCCCCCAUGGAGCCAAAAGGAGCAAGCCCUCGAAAAAACAAGGAGGUCGUACAUGAACGUCGUAUUUCCGAAAUUAUGGAUAACGGUAAACUAUCUCCCAUUCCCGAGGAUCCUGUGAUCGAUUCAGAAGAAAUGGAUUUAGACCUUGAUGUCGAAAAUAACAGAAUUUCUUAUGAUGGGUAA